GUUGAAGGACCUGUCUACGCCGCCUGCGUAUGCGCGCGUGCCUAAGCUCUGCGCGCAUAGCGCGCGCGAUACAUUUUAACGGAACACAAUAUUACUCCAAGAGCGCAAGGUCGUUGGGAACACACCAACCGCUCUUUAAAAUGUCUGCAUCCCCCGCUAGUCCUACUCGGCCCCCGCCCCAACCCCUCCACUCCCAACACCCCGCAUCGCACCCAACUGGCGUAAGGCUAGCCUCGACUGCUGAGGGCACUACUGGGGAAACAACAACAGCUUCUCCAAACUGCUAUGGCUUUCACAUAACGUCAUGCAUGGAUGCUGGUAACAUCGAGGUGCUGGGUGCGCCCGAUGACUCCACCAUCAACCUCGCCAUCCGCCCCGACCCCUACUGCGCCUCCGACUCGCGAGCGCACUACCAGUUAAGCAUGCACAUGUGGUUCAAUUUCCGGCUGGUGGGGGCGGCGGGCAGGCAGGUGCGCCUGCGCAUCGUCAAUGCGGGCGGCGCCAGCUACGCACCCGCCUGGCUGGGAUACCGCGCCUGCGCCUCGUACGACCUGCAGGACUGGUUCCGCGUGCCUACCAACUACGACCCGGCCUCCGGCGUGCUCACCAUAACCCACACGCCGCAGCAGGAUGCCGUACAGUACGCCUACUUUGCGCCGUACAGCCUGGAUCGGCAUGCCGCCCUGCUGGCCCGCAUGCAGGGCCGCUCGCGACCCGACCUGCCCGUGAGGCUGCGGGUGCUGGGGAGGAGCCUGGAGGGCCGGGAUCUGGAGAUGCUGGAGAUCGGUCCAUCGGCCCCCACCGCCGUAGCCGCCGCCUCAUCCCUCGCCGAGGCCACCUCUCCUGCUGCUGCUGCUCCUUCCGCCACCUCCUCCCCCUCCCCCGGCCCCUGCCCCCCGCCGCUCCGCGUGUGGGUGAUCUGCCGGCAGCACCCGGGCGAGAGCAUGGCGGAGUGGUUCGCUGAGGGGCUGCUGGAGCGGCUGACGGACCCGGAGGACAGCGUGGCGAGGUGCCUGGGCGGCAAGGCCUGCUUCUACGUGGUACCCAACAUGUGCCCCGACGGCUCCGCCCGCGGCCACCUGCGCACCAACGCGGCGGGCACCAACCUCAACCGCGCCUGGGCGGCCCCCUCCCUGGAGGCGGCCCCCGAGGUGCUGCACACGCUAGCAGCCAUGGACAAGACGGGAGUCGACCUGUUCCUGGACAUCCACGGCGACGAGGAGCUGCCGCACGUGUUCGUGGCGGGGCUGGAGGGGCUGCCCGGCUGGGGACCCAGGCUGGCGGGGCUGCAGACCGCCUUCUGCGCCGCAGCGGCCCGCCAUGCGCCCGAGUUCCAAACGGCGCACGGCUACGCUCGGGACGCGCCGGGGCGGGCCAACCUGACACUGGCCAGCAAGCAGGUGGGUCACCGCUUCGACUGCCUGUCGCUGACGCUGGAGAUGCCCUUCAAGGACAGCCUGGAGGUGCCUGACCCGCGGGUCGGCUGGAGCCCCGGGCGCGCCAAGCGACUGGGCGCGGCGCUGCUGGGGGCCAUCAACGACAUCGCGCACCUGCUGCGGCAGUCGGCGUGAGGGGGGUGGGACAUGGGAGCGUGUUUGGGUAGGGCAGGUGCCUCGUGUCAGGACGUGUGGGACUGUGGGUUGUGUUGCGCGGGUUCUGUACUACAUAUUGUAAGCGACCAGUUCGUCGCUCUACGGAAAUUAGGUUUAGGUUUACCAUUUAUCCACGGGGGUUGUUGACGUGGUGGAAGGUGGCGGUAUGAUUGUAGCGUGACGGUAUGUAUAGCUAUUGCGUACGGCAUGUUCUUCUGGGUGUGGAUCACGCCACCACAACGCGCCUGCUUGUACGAGUGCGUAACGUGGUGACAAGCAAGGCUUUACGUCUGCGCGCGGAAACCAAGAGAUUGAAACAUGUUUUCUCGAGCGUCGAGCGUUCGUCGUGCGUACGUGUGCUUGCGUGAAGGGAAGGACGAGGUUGCCGUCAAGCGUUUUAGGACCAGUUUGGUGAGCAAAGUGAGACGGGGCACAUCCUGUUGAAGGAGCGUGCCAAGAGGCUGCCAAGGGGCUUCGUCUAACAGGUCACGUGCAGCUCCGUGCGGAUGUGCUCGCUGCCCUUGGCUGGUGGUACGUCCUGGUUUCAGGUGUACCUCCGGGUUUGCAUCCCCCGGAUUUAAUGUACAUGUAUUCCCAGCGCGUUUCCCCUUUAUAGAACUACUUAAACCCCUUAGGCGAC